AAUUGUCGCAAGAUGUCGAUCGCUGCUCAACUAAGUCAGCUGGAAGCUGGCUCUGGGCCACAACGGACUCAAGGCUACGAUGACUUGCUGAAAGAAAUAUUGGCGUCCGAAAACGUUGCCAAUGACCUCGUUGCCUACGUACAAAGCAUCACAUCUGAUUCGGUCGGCGUCAUCAGCUCAAGACCACUGCUAUCGGCGUUCGUGUCGCAAUUCCGCACUUACGGAAACAACGCCGUCAAGCUUGAGGCUGGCCCGCAGAUUCUUCAGAUCAUCGGAUCGAAGGUCGUGUCCUUUGAGCAACAAGACACCGACUUGAAGUUGAUUCUCGCCGAUGCGUAUGAAGCAGAUGAGGACUUUACCAAUUCGGCCAAGACCUUGCAGACCAUCACGCUCGAGUCCUCACAACGUCAAGUCAGCGACGACGAGAAGGCGAAGAUUUGGAUGCGGAUCUGCCGCUGCUACCUCGAAGAAGACGAUGCUACGAACGCAGUCUCCUAUCUCAACAAGAUCAAGCAAAUCAUCUAUAACGUUUCCGACCAAGCCACCCGCCUACAAUUCCAGCUAUCGCAAGCACGUAUCAGCGACUCGCAGCGAAGCUUCCUUGAUGCAUCCACAGCAUACCAUGCACUUUCCACCGAGUCAGUGAUUGAUGAAGAAGAGCGGUUGCAAGCGCUUUCUGCCGCGAUCACAUGCGCUGUACUUGCACCUGCUGGACCUCAACGUGGCCGUCAACUUGCCAAGCUGUACAAGGACGAGCGUGCAACUGAUGCUCCUGAAUAUGGUAUCCUUGAGAAAAUCUUCCUGGACCGCCUCCUAUCACCUGCAGAGGUUGCCACGUUCGCAGCCGGACUGAAGGAGCAUCAGCUUGCCAAGACCUCGGAUGGCAGUACUGUGCUGGACAAAGCUAUACUCGAGCACAACUUGCUUGCUGUGUCCCGGAUUUACGCCAACAUCACCUUUGGAAAUCUGGGAAAGCUGCUUGGCGUGGAUGCUGAUCGUGCUGAAGUCUACGCCUCUGGCAUGAUUGAGAGCAAUCGCUUGUCUGGCUCCAUCGAUCAAAUCGCUGGCAUUAUCCAUUUCAACACUAAGGAGCCCAACAACCCGAAGGUAGAGCUUCGUCUCUGGGACAAGAAUGUGGCCGGACUCUCCGAAGAAGUGGAGAAGAUCACCACUGCCCUCCAGAGAGAGGAACCAACAUGGUACGAGCAGCAGGUUGGUGCAUGAGUAUGGGUGCCUUACAGUAUAGCGAUGGCGUUCCAGGUUUGAGACAUGGCGAUGAGUGUUAUGCACAUCACGAUUAGGCUGUAUUCUCCGAGACCUGCGAGAAGCAUUGCAGCUCAGGUUAGGGAUCGGGUACGGCGAUACAGUACUGUGAAGUGGGUUCACGGACCCCCAGCAAUAUCAUCUUGAUUAAACUG